AUUGGCGCACAUCUUGGAGUAAUCGAUUUUAAUGUUAAAAAACCUGUCAGCUUCAGGAAAGUGCUUAUCUGGGUUAACAACUUAAAAUGUUUAUGUAACUAUAAAUUUUUAGGUCAGUCUACUGUGUGCUUUGUUAGACAAAGUCAGUUGGUCUUAAAAAAAUUAAGUAAAAUUAUUGAAGACUAUUCAGACAGACUUAGGAUUUGCUCAUGUGUAUCAGAAUUAGGUUUUGCAAAUAUUGUUGUACUAUAUUUGAAGGUAUUUCAGCAUUUUAAAUGAUCUUAUUUUCUCUUGCAAGUUUUGGUUUGGGUUUUUUUUUGACUCGUAAGUGGUGCAUAAAUAAUUGGAGUUUAGGUUUUGCCAUGAAUAUGUUAUUCAUGGCUAUGUGGUGAUUUGUCUUAGCUGUCUAAGAAAUAAGCCACGUUUAUUUCUGAGAGAGCAAGAAAUAUGUAGUGUUGUCGUGACUGAGGGAAAUUAAAGGAGGGUUUUUUGCCCCUUUUAUCAGUUGUCAUCUGAGGUAAGGAGAAGGUAUGUGUUGAAAUCUUGCUUCCCUUCCUCAAACUGUACAUGCAGCGGAAGCAGAUGCAUCAUUCCACCAGAUAAGAUAGAGAGCAGUAGUCGUCUUCUGGACCAAAAGUCUCAUAACCUCUCACUGGGCUUGCUGCUAUGCUGGUGACUGAUCUACAGAUAACUGAUUUGUGCCAGGCCUUUCACAGUAUUCCGCUGGUGCCCUGGUGUUCGUAUGCGUUUCAAGAAAACAGAAGUAUGCCAGACAUGCAGCAAGCUGAAGAACGUCUGUCAGACCUGUCUGCUUGACCUGGAAUAUGGUUUGCCUAUUCAAGUCCGGGAUGCAGGACUCUCCCUUAAGGAUGAAAUGCCGAAGUCUGACGUCAAUAAAGAGUACUACACCCAAAACAUGGAACGAGAGAUAUCCAAUUCUGAUGGCACUAGACCAGUUGGUGCACUAGGAAAAGCUACUUCCACCAGCGACAUGCUGCUGAAGCUGGCUCGGACCACUCCUUACUAUAAACGUAACCGUCCUCACAUCUGUUCCUUCUGGGUAAAAGGAGAAUGCAAGAGGGGAGAAGAGUGUCCCUACAGACAUGAGAAACCUACAGAUCCAGAUGAUCCUCUGGCUGAUCAGAACAUCAAAGAUCGUUACUAUGGAAUUAAUGAUCCUGUGGCUGAUAAACUUCUGAAACGAGCGUCAACCAUGCCUCGUCUAGACCCCCCUGAUGACAAGACUAUUACUACACUGUAUGUUGGAGGGCUUGGAGAUACUAUCACUGAAUCAGAUCUCAGAAAUCACUUCUACCAGUUUGGGGAGAUUCGGACGAUAACUGUAGUGCAGAGACAACAGUGUGCUUUCAUCCAGUUUGCCACCCGGCAAGCUGCAGAAGUGGCUGCUGAGAAAUCCUUCAACAAACUCAUUGUCAAUGGUCGCAGGCUCAAUGUCAAAUGGGGAAGGUCCCAGGCAGCAAGAGGAAAAGAAAAGGACAAGGAAGGUACUACAGAAUCUGGGAUAAAGCUGGAGCCAGUUCCAGGACUUCCCGGAGCUCUCCCCCCUCCUCCAGCUGCAGAAGAGGAGGCUUCUGCAAAUUACUUCAACCUACCUCCAAGUGGCCCUCCAGCCGUGGUUAACAUUGCCUUGCCACCUCCUCCUGGCAUUGCUCCACCACCACCUCCAGCAGGUUUUGGACCACACAUGUUCCAUGCCAUGGGGCCCCCGCCUCCCUUCAUGAGAGCCCCAGGCCCCAUUCAUUACCCGUCUCAAGAUCCCCAGAGGAUGGGUGCCCACGCGGGAAAGCACAGCAGCCCCUAGCAGGUCGUGCCAGCCUCAUCAUUUAAGUAAAUGUUAUUUUCUAGUUACCAUGGUAGCAUCAUAUGUUGAGCUGUGGGUGAGCUAGAGAAGCCUUAUUUCCCUGCUUGCAGACACUGGGCAAGCUGAGCUCCGUGUCUCCGCUAGCUAAUCGGAUUGUUGAUACAUCCCAGUUCUUUCAUUUAGUGUGGGGAGGGUGGGGAAGGGUGGGGGGCAGACAAAAGGGCUGUCGGGGGUCUGUGGAUCAGGUGUACCAGAAUUACAGUGCUAUCCGUGUAUCCCGUUUGCACACUUUUGAAAUAAACUUCUGGAAAAACAAAA